GAUUGUAUCUUGCCGAACGCAAACUAAGGCAGGCACGUUGAACGUCGCGACGGGCGCCAACGUCACAGCUACCUAAUUCGAGCCCGCUGUUCCUCUGCCUCGACACUGGUGGCUAAUCCAUAUUACUUUCCUACCCGGCCCAGAUAAUGGAAUAACUAACUCGUCCUCGGAGCCUGCGCGGACUGUCUCUUCACCCCCUUCGUGGUCAACCAUGGCCCGCGCCGCUACUGCCACCUCAUCCAACAGAGACGACCAAGAUAACUCACAGGCGCAGGACACAAAAGCCAGUAAGAGGCGUUGUGUCCAGUCGGCCUGUGUGCCCUGCCGGAAACGCAAGUCCAAAUGUGACGGUAGCACACCCAUUUGCGCGACUUGCACUGCCGUUUACAAAACUGAAUGUUACUACGAUGCUGAGAGCGAAAGUCGCCGCACUAAGGCUGCUCCAACGAUUGCAAACAAUACUGGGACCAAACGCGACGCCUCCCUUGUCGCCGCCUCCAGCCCCGAAAAUGCAUCCAGCGCCGAUUUCAUCGUCAAUUCGUUGAGACGACUACCUGAGGAGCACGUCCAAGAAUUCCUCAAUCACAUUCGAAGAGAUCCCAACCUCGACCUCGCCUCCCUAGCUGAAACAUGGCGCAAGAACGUGACGCUGACGCAGAGCGAGCCCGUCGAUGUUCAAAGCCUCGAGUCAGAUCUGAGCGUGCUGCUUGGGAAGCCAGCUGUGACGUCCACCGGCCAGAGCAGACACUUUGGACAUUCCGCAAGCCUAGGCUUGGUACCCGAAGAUGAGAACUUCGGUGGCGGCCGGCUGCGUACCAACAGCGUGAAACCAGAGCGUCAAGGUUCAACGUGGACCAACGUAACCGAUGACCUGGCUUUUGUUGAGAAGCUGCUUGAUCUCUAUUUUACCUGGAGUCAUCCUUUCUACGUGCUCUUCAGCCGAGAAUGCUUUUACAAGGACUUCAGAGCGGGACGCGACAAGUAUUGCUGCUCUCUACUGGUCAAUACUAUAUGCGCAUAUGCAUGUCAUCUUACGGACGAUCCUGCGGGCCGCACGGAUCCUGACAACUUCCGUACUGCUGGCGAUCACUUCUUUGCUGAGGCCAGGCGACUUUUGUUCGACGAUGAGACCCCGAGCCUGACAACUGUCCAGGCGCUCUGCAUUAUGUCGAUGCGUGAGCCAAGUACAGGGAGAGAAAGUUCUGGCUUUUCCUACAUGGGAAGGUGUCUUCGUAUGUGUGUUGAGCUUGGUUUGCACUUGAACUACGGCGCCAACCCUACGCUUGGCUUGACACCAAGUGAGAUCGAAGUGAGAAAGGUCACAUUCUGGGGUUGCUUCACUGUAGAUACAAUCUGGACGAUUGUUACCGGCCGCAUAUCUCAGCUUCCUCGAGCUGCAAUCACUCUCGACAAGCCUAUGCUGGAAGAAACCUCUAACCUUCCCGAGGCUUAUCCUGCCCCCUCACAAACCACAGUAGGUGGAGUUGUGACCACCCGCAUGUUCCUUCAGGAAUUCACAUCGCUCUCGGAGCUCGUCAAUGACAACAAUCACAUGUUCUUUGCGCCAAAAGAGCGACUUACAAGCAGUAAAUUGCUUGAUUGCUACCAUAGAUACCAAGUCUGGUACAGAAGACUGCCAGCUUCGAUAAGCCUGGAGGGAAAGAAGGAACCUGAGCCACAUAUAUUAGUACUACACAUGCUUUACUGGACCAUUAUCGUUCACCUCUUCCGGCCUUUGCUCAAAGUCGACCUCAUUCACUCCGAUAUACGCCCCCGCGACAUCUGCGUAGACGCAGCUAACAAAGUAUCUGAACUAGUCCGGAUCUACCGGCAGUUCUACGACUUUCGUCAGGCCCACCUGCUCAUACCACAUGUAUUACUCACUGUUUGCGUUGUGCACUUGCUCUAUUCAAAGGACAACAGUGUUUCUCGACAGAACCUCAUCGAAGGCAUGCAGGGACUAGACGAUCUUCACGAGUGUCACUAUUUCGGCGCGAGGAGUUUCCGCAUCAUAUACACCUUGGCGAAGACGUGGAAGCUGCCUUUUCCAGAAGAACUCGGCGGUUCCUCGUUGAUACCAACAAGUGACCCUAACAAGCCCCAAGGUACUAUCAGUCCUCCAGCAGAUCCUCUUUUGAUACCUCCCAAUACAACAACUAUCACCGGCAAUCGGAUAGGUCCUGGUCGUCUUCAUCCGCCUAUUACUCAGAGGAGGGAGAGCCUGUCGAUGUUUGCUCCUCAAGCAGGGUUGCAAUUGGCUACCCACCCCGCCAAUUCGAGGCCAGGUAGUGUGGUAUCGAGCCAACACCAACCGUCUCCUGUUGUAGGGCAUACACCCACCCAUCAUACUUACAACACGGGGAUGGCUUUAUCGACAUAUCAGUAUUCGCAGCCCAUGUCGUCCGCACCCAACAUGUCUACGGCAAUGACAUCUCCGUCUACCGAUACCGCAGAAUCCAUGUUCUGGAACCCGAUUCCUGGAGUGCCAGGACCGAUUCUGCCACGCCACACUUAUCAGCAAUUAAGUCCGAUGGGUCUGGAGAGUGUUCUCCACCACACAGAUGUAGGUGAUCGUCUUGGUCGGGAUGGUUUCAAAAUGAGCGAGGACUGGCGAUCGAGCCAUAUCAACGGUUUCAAUACAAACAUUGGAAGCAACGUAUACGGCAAUCCGCAUAGCCAGGCAGAUGCCGGCUAUGCGCACCGAGCGAGCUACGUACAGCCGACUGAAAAUGUGAGCUACCCACAAAGUACACAUGAGGGGAACCACCAUGCGCAAGAAGGGUACGAUCCGGGAUGGUGGCAGAACACGAACGGAAACCAAGGACCGAUGAGUUGAUAGACGCGCGAUCCCAAGAUCGAUUAUGGGAGCGUUCCUCACGCGAGGCAGCAGACGGUUCCGUAAGCUCCACCAAGGCGGGAAGCCCAUAUAC